AUGUCGGCUGGUGGCCGAUUCACUCCCAACGCCGAAUGUGUGGACAAGCAGGUAGGCGAGUCGGGCAAGAGGGCUGCUUCUCCAAAUGAAUGCAAAGCACGCAUUUCGGGCUCACCGAAUAUCGCUGUUUGUCAGGCUCUGCGAAUAAAUCUUAUCGCCUCGGUAGCAUGUUGGCAAAUGGCUUUUUCUGGUUCCUGGUACAAAAAAGUGUUUGGCAGAUCGCCCAACCGACUGGCAAGAGUCUGUCGGACGCUCCGUCUGCAAGGUCCGUCGACACGCCGUCUGUUGAAGCUGCUGUCAGACCAGAUGACGGCAGAAAAAAGAGUUGCCAAGUUCGGCCUGGCCCAAGGUGUACUGGCUCGGCUUGAUGGCCAUUUGUGGUUGAGGCUCGAAACUACUUUUAGCACUUAA